AUGACCAUUUCCUCUUAUGAGACUCACUACCAGCCUGCCGCCCCUCAGUAUCCCACUUCUCCUUCUGCUCUCUCCUCCUCUCCUCAGCCUCAUAUGAUUCGCACCGGCAGCUCCUCGCCAUACCUGCAGAACGGAUCCUUUCAGCCAGCCACAGCAUACACCACCAGCCCGUAUGCGACAUCAACCACCAUGACUCCCGGAGCCGGCGUUGGACCUCGCCGCCUGAGCAUGAGCAAGGCCAGCAACAGCGGCAACAACUUCAUCUCCCCCGUCUCCGCCGACUACCCCAGCGGCGACGAGAUCAAGGAGAAGCACAUGUGCACCUAUCCCGAGUGCGGCAAGACCUUCAAGGAUCUCAAGGCGCACAUGCUCACUCACCAGACUGAGCGACCCGAGAAGUGCCCCAUCAUGACGUGUGAAUACCACGUCAAGGGGUUUGCUCGCAAGUAUGACAAGAACCGCCACACCUUGACCCACUACAAGGGCACCAUGGUCUGUGGCUUCUGUCCCGGAUCUGGCUCCGCGGCCGAGAAGUCGUUCAACCGCGCAGACGUCUUCAAGAGACACCUGACUGCCGUCCACGGCGUUGAGCAGACUCCCCCCAACAGCCGCAGAAGGGCUUCCGGCGCUGUUGCGCCAAAGACGCUCGCCGGCUAUGCCCCCGACGCCACCGGCAAGUGCAGCACCUGCUCGCAGACCUUUACCAAUGCUCAAGACUUUUACGAGCACCUCGACGACUGUGUUCUGCGCAUUGUUCAGCAGGAGGACCCCGCCGAGGCCAUCAACGCAAAGCACCUGUCCAAGGUUGCUGACGACAAGGACGUUCACCAGACUCUGGAGAAGAACAACCUGCCCGCCACCACCCAGACCUCUGUGACCGAGGAUGAGGAGGAUGACGAUGAAAUGGCUGACGAUGACGAGGCGGACGAUGUUGCCAAGUCGGCUCAUUCGUCUCUGAAGAAGAAGAACUCUCUCAACCGCGUCUCCAAGUCUCGCGGCAUGACCCACUCCCGAGGUGGUGUUCCCUUGUCUACCAAGUCGCGUGGUCGCAACAAGCGCCGCGACUACCCUUCCUCUUGGGGCUUCAACAAGGGACAGAUGACGAUGAAGAAGCGCGUCCUGGCUGUCUUUGACGGCCCUCGACGCCUCGCCAAGGAUGACAUGAUGCUCUCCACCGACCACGAGGUCCGCAUCAAGCUCUCGGAUGGCAAGUCUUAUGUCACCGAUCUUGAUGUCCAGACCUUGAAGCGCGCCGAGGGCUUCCACAAUGCCGCCGAUGAUGAGAAGGGCCAUUGGAUCUCCGACGACCCCACAGAGGAGCAGCUCAAGGAGAUGCAGCGGAUGCUGGACACCGGUGCUUCUGAUUUGUAA